UUGAGUGAGGUUUGCAGAUCAAAGUCUCUAAAGGUUUAUAUGCAGCUAGCAAAGAAUCCAAUGUUUACCUAAAAGUACAGAGGGGCCAAGAGGUAGCUGUCACCUACUUUGUCACCCUGAAAUGAGAAGCAGCUACAGGUUGAUUUGUAAGGCAGGUUAUUAUUAUGCACUAGAACUGGUGGAACAACUGCUGUCUGCCCUUCAUUAAGGCUCGUGUUUAGCUGCUCGACUUGACCUUAAGUGGCUGGAACUUGGUGGAGAAAGUUUAAAUCCUUCUGUUGUGCGUUCUUGCCUCGCUCCCUCCUGGAGUCAACUCGCCUUUCCCCUUUGCUGAUCGGUGCCGUGGCGGCUGGCAAGGCUGAAAGUUUAGCAAGUUCUGCAAAUAACUUCACAUCACAAUAGAAAGUGGGUUGUUGUUGUUUUUUUCCCCCUUUUCCUGCUCAUAAACGCCUCCUUGAAGAUUGCAGCUGGGCAGGACUCCAAAGGUGCAGCAGCAACAACAAACCAGUAGUUCAGAGUUAGCAAAUUGCACAACUUCCAGCUCAUCGCUACGCUCGGUGACUACUAACAAGCUGGAGGAGGUGAGCGGGGGGAAGAACACCCCAGCCUUGGUUUUGGACGCGUUGAUGUUGUGGUUCGGCCGCUGGAGUGGCUAUGGCUCCCUUUGGAAGGAAUCUAUUAAAGACCCGGCACAAAAACAGAUCUCCAGAUAAGAACAUGGCUUCUGAUGAAAGGGAGAUAGUGGUUUGGGUAUGCCAGGAGGAGAAGAUUGUGUGCGGACUGACAAAGCGCACAACCUGUGCUGAAGUGAUCCAAGCUCUACUAGAGGAACAUGAAGCUACAUUUGGAGAAAAAAGGUUUCUUUUUGGACAACCUAGUAAUUAUUGUAUCAUCGAAAAAUGGAGAGGCUCUGAGCGGGUCCUUCCCCCGCUGACAAAAAUGCUGAGACUUUGGAAGGCCUGGGGAGAAGAGCAACCCAAUUUGCACUUUGUUCUGGUGAAGUCAGAUGCUUUCCUCUCAUUUCCAUCGUGGAGGACAGCUGAAGCAAAGAUAGUACAAAACAUAGGAAGACAAUGGGAGCUCAGCCCAGUGAAUUACAUGAAGAUGUUGCCAAUGGAUAAGCAAAAGAGGAUUGUUAGAAAGACUUUCCGGAAACUGGCCAAACUUAAACAAGACAAUACUCUGCAAGAGCGAGACAAUAUAGAGACAUUGAUUCAUCUGAUCAUUUCCCAAGAUCAUACCAUUCAUCAGCAAGUCAACAGAAUGAAGGAAUUGGAUAUGGAAAUUGAAAAAUGUGAAGCCAAAUUCCACCUAGUUCAGGUAGAAAAUGAUGGAGAAAAUUAUGUGCAGGAUUCUUAUUUAACGGCCACUCCAAAUAAUGCUGAGCAACAAACAAAUGUGCCACAUGGUCAACAUCAGAUGCAUGAAUACUUGAGCAAAAGUGAUGGAAUUUUGCAGAUGGAAGAAGGACUGAAACAUCACAAACUACUAAUUGAACAGCUCUGUGCUGAAAUUGAAAAAGAGGUAAAAGGUGUAUGCACUGAAAUAAAUGGAGAUGGUAAAUGCAUGGCAGAGGCUUUAAAUGGCCAACUAGAAUCCUCAAAUUUAGAAAGUGUCAAAGAUGAGUUGGAAAAAAGUACGAAAGAUGGCUUGAGAAUCCACUCUCACUUGAACUGCAUUCAGAAAGAGCUUACCUACAGGGACUUGCUGCUGCAAAAGAAGGGAAAAGAAUAUGAACUCCUUGCAGAAGAAUUUAAUUCACUGCAUAUCAAAGACAAAACUGAAUUCAGCUGUCCAGCUAGCAAAGAGCAAGCCAAAGGCAGUGAAGUUACCAGCAAGUGUGUCGCAGUGCCAGACUUUGUUCGUAAAGUAACUAAUUUAGACAUAAAUGAUACGGACUCUGACACUGGAAUCAGCUCGACUCAUAGUCAGGACUCUGAAACAGCUUUAGGAGACAUGAUGCUGUUAACAUAGCUGGAGACCAUUGUGAACAUGACAAAGAGCAAUAUAAAAAUAACCGUCUUUGGGGGAUAUUUAUCCUUUUAAUACUCUUGCUAUCAUAGGGUAUGUCUACACUGCAGCUGGAAGUGAGCCUCCCAGCCUGGGUAGACAGACUUGUACUAAUAGGGCUUGAGCUAGCUCACCAAAAACAGUAGUGUGGAUGUUGCAGCUCGGGCUGCAGCUCAGGCUCUAAAGCCUGCCAGACCCCCUAGGCUUGAGAGCCCCAGCUGUAGCCCAAACAUCAAUAUCCACUGUUUUUAGUUCGUUAGCUUGAGCCCCACUACUGCAAUCUGUCUAUUCAGGCUGGGAGGCUGUGGUAUAGACAUGCCCAUAUCAUCUCGGACCUGAAGGUGUUGACCACUCUGGCCCCAUCCAACAAAACACUUUAGCAUGUGUGUAACUGUGAACACAAGGGACUACACAUGUGCUCAAACUGACACACAUACUUUAGCAUGUAAAUAAUCUCAUGUGCUUACAGUUACACACAUGCUAAAGUAUUUUGCUGGAUUGGGGCCUGAGUGCUUAGUGUUUUGUAAGUCUGAGCUUCAUUGAGACAAAAGUAUUCUGAUGGGAGAUUGGCCUGAACCAAAAUUCCCGAUCAGAAACCCUCUAAUCUCUGAGUCCAUCUCUACAUCUGACUAAUCUUUUAGGAAUGUGGACAUAAGGGAUAGACCAACUUAGACAGACAGGGUGUAGGAUAAGGCACACAAUUGGUUAAAAUGUAGUUUUAUGAUACUGUAGAGCAGAUA